AUGGCUGACCAGUCGGCUCCCUCUAGCGCCAAGGAUGCUGUCCUGGUCAAGUCCCAGGACAUGCCCGCCGACGCGCAAAAGGUCGAGGAGCUCGACUUCAACAAGCUCAAGGGCCCUGUCACUGCACACGAUCUCUUCAUGGGCAUGCGAUACAUGGGCUUUCAGGCGUCCGCCAUGAGCGAGGCCAUUCGAAUCAUAAAUGAAAUGCAAGCCUGGAAAGACCCAGACACUGGCGACAAGACCACCAUCUUUCUCGGCUACACAUCCAACCUCAUAUCAUCUGGUCUCCGCGGUGUGCUUCGCUGGCUCGUUGAGCAUAAGCAUGUCUCCGCCAUCGUCACCACAGCUGGCGGCAUUGAGGAAGACUUCAUCAAGUGCCUCGGCGAGACCUACAUGGGGUCCUUUAGCGCCGUCGGGGCCGAUUUGCGCAAAAAGGGCCUCAACCGCAUCGGAAACCUGGUCGUGCCUAAUGCAAACUACUGUGCCUUUGAAGACUGGGUUGUACCAAUUCUCGACAAGAUGCUCGCGGAGCAAGAGGCCAGCAAGGGUACCGACGACGAAGUCAAUUGGACGCCCUCCAAAAUCAUCCAUCGCCUCGGCAAAGAGAUCAACGACGAACGCUCCGUCUACUACUGGGCCUACAAGAACGAUAUCCCCGUCUUCUGCCCCGCCCUGACAGAUGGCAGCCUCGGUGACAUGCUCUACUUUCACACGUUCAAGUCCUCGCCGCUGCAGCUCAAAGUCGACAUCGUCGAGGACAUUCGCAAAAUCAACACCAUUUCCGUACGCGCCAAGAGGGCAGGCAUGAUUAUUCUCGGUGGUGGCAUUGUUAAGCACCACAUUGCUAACGCCUGCCUCAUGCGCAACGGCGCCGAAUCCGCAGUGUACAUCAACACGGGGCAGGAGUUUGACGGCAGUGAUGCUGGUGCCAGGCCAGAUGAGGCUGUAUCAUGGGGCAAAAUAAAAAUUGGUGCAGACAGUGUCAAAGUGUACCUGGAGGCGACCGCUUGCUUCCCAUUCAUCGUAGCCAACACCUUCGCCAAGGACAUUUAA